CCUUGCUGGACACCUUACCAUCUCAACUUCCAUUCAAAACCAACCACAUACUUUAGGAACCAACCCUGAACACACACACAGACAGCAACAACAAAUGUGAAAAAAACCUCAACCCCAUUUUGUUUCUCGAAAGCAAUUCAGACAAGUGUGUAAUGGCGUGCGCAUUAUCAGGAAGCAGCUGCGCCAUUUCUGCACCGGCGAGCAGCAGCAGAUUGCUGUUCAACAAGUUCCCCAAAAAGAGGCAAACUCUGCACUUUUCUUCUAGGGUUAGGGCUUCUUCCGAGGAUCAAGAGGAUUGCAACACCGAAGAAUGCGCUCCUGAUAAAGAGGUAGGUAAACUGAGUGUAGAAUGGCUGGCCGAUGAAAAAACGAGAGUGGUCGGUACAUUUCCGCCGCGUAAAAAGGGUUGGACUGGAUACGUAGAGAAGGACACAGCUGGACAAACGAAUAUAUACUCCAUCGAGCCAGCAGUAUACAUAGCAGAAAGUGUACUCAGUUCAGGAACUGCAGGCUCGUCUGCAGAUGGAACGGAGAACACGGCGGCAAUAUUCGCCGGACUUGCUCUAAUCUCCAUCGCGGCCGCUUCUUCGGUGGUUCUGCAGGUCGGCAAGAAUCCACCGCCGGUCGUAGUUCAGACUGCUGAAUACUCCGGCCCCUCUCUCAGCUACUACAUCAAUAAGUUUAAGCCACCGGAGAUUAUCGAGGCUUCUUCUCCCGCGCCACCUGUCGCUGAUAUCGACACCUCAGCGCCUCUGCAAAUUACAGAAGAAGCCGCCGCCACGUCUGCAGCACCACAAGAAGUCUCUCAGCCUGAUGCCGCUGCUGCUGAGGUGGUCGAACCACAGGACGACACGUCAGCGUCGGUCCCUAACGCCUCUUAGGCUUCCCCGUUUUUUUCGUGUAUACGUUCGUUUGUGUCAUAUACAUAUAUAGGUUGUUCGUUGUUGUGAUAUAUACCAUGACCAUAUAUAUAUAAUUUGACAACAUGAAAUUCGAACAUGUUUAGAUUGUUUUUUUUUUUUUUACAUA